AUGAGCGAGAAUGAGUUCAUGAACGGGUCGUCUUCCCUCUCGCCAUCAACCUCAGUGUCGGACCCAUGGAUCUCUCGCUUCGCCAGCUCCGCCUUGCAAGGUCAAUCGAAUGGGCCCGCCGGGAGCGACUCUAUCAUCACGAAGGUAGUCGAAUCCUACGGGAACCCUUCCAAGCCCAUAUGCUUCAAUAUAGGCAACGGAGGGGCCGGCUACACCGGCAUCCUCAAGAGCCUCACCGAUGCAUACAUCUCCGAGCGCCAGAAAGACUUCCGCGUAGGGUGGGUACCCAAUCACAGUCGACACUCCCAGAUCGCGCUCCUGGCUAACGUGGUGCAACUGGCGCUGACCUACGAGCCUGAGAACGAGGACCUCGCCGUUCAAGAGGGAUGGUGCUCGAAAGUCGGGCGAGUUUUCAACGACCACUUCCUGCUAGCCGGGCCCGCGGUAGAUGUGGAUUCACGCAGUGCUACGGCGUUGCUCCGCAGUAUUGCUGAGUCGGGCAGGAAGACGGGCCCGGGCUCCCAAAGCAGAGCGUAUGUUUUCCUCUCCCGAGGUAAGGGACUCCUCUCACUGUGCGAAAUGAAAUGAAUCUCUCCCGUGCCAUUUGCUAAGAAGAGAUUUUCUUGCCUCGACAGGUGACGGCUCUGCCACUUUCGCCAAGGAAAACAGCCUCUUCCGCGCUGCGCAAGUCGACAUGUCGGCCGUUGUCAAGACCCAUCCAUGCACGCCGUAUGAAGCGCUCGUGCAGGCGGAGAAGGAGCAGGCUUUCCUCCUCACCGACCGUGCCACGUUCCUCACGGCCAAGCGUGACCACGCGAUCCCAUCGCUUCGCGUCCACGUCGAGGGAGGCGAGCAGCUCCUCAAUCCAUGCUCGGCCCUCGUCCGCAGUCCCACGCUUUGGAAGGACCGGCGAGGCCUGACUGCGGACGAUGAGGCGCUGGCGUUCGCGCGCUGGUUGUGUGGGCCCUUGGCUCAGAGUAUCGUUGCCGCCUAUGGGAGCGACUGGAAUCUGGGUAAGCCGCUCUUCACUGUCGCUGCGCAGGACGACUUUGUCAAGGAUGACCUUUUGGCAACGUCCUGA